AAAAAUGGAGGCAAGUAGUGAAGCUGGCCAAUCAAUCUCAACAGAGGACCAAACUGUAGCUGAAACACCUGAGUUUAUCCCUGUUUUCACCAAAUUGAGUGAUAUUUAUACAGACCUUGAUGGCUCUUUAAAGGAUGUCCAUGAAGGCAGAUAUUUGAACACAACUAAAAGAUUUGAGCAGCUUUAUGAACAAAAGCCUGAAUUUUUCAUCAGAUCUCCAGCUAGAGUAACAAUUGUUGGUGAGCAAAUCAGCUCAUCGGGAUUCAAAGAUUUUCAGGUCCCCAUUGAUCAAGACGUUGUCAUAGCCUAUUCUAAACAUACCAAACCAGAGAUAUGGAUCAAUAAUAUAGAUAUGGCAUUGUUCCCAGAAGAGAUUCUUGAUACUGAUCCUAGCCAGAAAAUGAGAGAGGAGGAUACUUGGAUAAAUCACUUCUUAGCAGGCUACAAAGCUAUAAUGAGAAGUACAACAGUUGAAGAAGAAAUCUCCAGAGGCUUUGAGCCUGUUGGAAUGAAGAUCUUUAUUGAUUCCCUUAUUCCUUUCGAAUGAGGACUUUCCUCAGGAAAAUCCUUUAUCAUGUGUGUUGCACUUUUGACAAUGCAUGCAAAUGGGCUGAUUAACAAAAUUGACAAUCAAGAAUAUGUAAAAUGUAUCAAUCAAGGCCUUCAAUUUAUUGGAAGAGAACAUGACAAAAUUGAUAUCUCAUACCUUGCUUCCAAAAAGGAUGAUGAUCUUGACUUAGAGAAUUCUGACCAGAUAGAUCAGAUAAAUACUGGCAAUACCUUAAAAGGCUAUUCAUUUGUGAUUUCUAACUCGCUCACUCCUUCAUCUAAGUUCAUGGGGCUUUAUACCAGGCAUAAAAAGAGAGUAGUUGAGUUAAGAAUUGCUACCAUUCUACUUGCAAUGGAAUUUGACAAGAAUUAUGAUAUUUCUAAUGCAGCUGCAUGUCAAUACACUAGCCUUGCUCAACUUCAAAAAGCUAAUAAUUGGAGCUUUGAAGAAAUGCUAUCAUUCAUUGAGUCUAAGCUUAAAAGAGGAGGAUAUUCUAAACCAGAACUAGAGGAAGCCCUUAAUAGUUCUAAUGUAGUUAUUGACCUUAAUGAUGUUGAACAUAUCUAUGAGGUGUGGCAGAACAACUUCAAAUUUUCUAUUAAUGAGACUGCUACACAUGUUAUUACUGAAGCCCAAAGAGUUCAGAAAUUCUGCAAGAAUCCUACCCCUAUAGAACUUGGAGAAUGUAUGGAUGCUAGCCAGGAAAGUCUGAAAAGCAACUUUGAUUGCAGCUCAAAAGAGCUGGAUGAGCUUAUCUCUUUAUGUAAAGAAAAUGAUGCGCUUGGAUCCAAACUUACUGGAAACGGAUGGGGAGGAUGAUCCAUAUCUUUAGUAGAAGACUCUCAUCUCAAAGAGUUUAUCGAUAGUGUUUAUACUUAUUAUAGUAAGGAAAGAGCACCAGGAGAACAACUCUGGAUCACUGAUGACAUUGACCGCUACAUUUUCAGCAGUAAAUCUAGUGCAGGUCCUUGUGUUCUUGAUCCUCAAUACUGAUUAUGGUUCUAGAACACUGAUAAAUCAACUUCUAUAUUGCAAA